AUAGAACAUCAAACUUGUUUGUUAUGAGAUUACUUACAAUUUUAGCAACUUCUGUUGUCUUAGUUUCAGCUUCCAAUGAUUCCAGAUACCAUGUUCUUAUGAAUUUAAUGAAAAGAGAAGAUGCAUGUAGUGGAAGCUGCGUUGAUAUCCAGAACACAGUUAACAAAUGUCAGCCAGGCAAUUCUAACUUUGAAACUCAGAAAGUUCUUGACUGCAUUUGUGGUCUUGGAGAUACUUUUUUCAAACAAUUUAGUGAUUGUCUUGAAAAUUGUAAUGCUAAUGAUGAUGCCAAUGCCCAAUAUGGUGGUAAAACUGAUGCUGCAUCUUUGAAAAAUAUGUUCUGUAAUGCAGCUGCUCAAAUUUCUUCACUUAUUGCUGAUGGAACCAUUCCAUCUGGUUAUAGGGGAGGCGAUGGUCCUGCAUUGGGGGUUGAUCUCCCUCUUGAAACUGGUGACUUUGGCCUGGACCCUGAUGGCGAUGCUUCUGUUGAUGGAAAUUUUGCAGUUGAAACUGGAGAUGAUAUUGGAGAAGAUUCGGGUGAUUCAACCGGAAUUGCUGACGAUGAAAUUACCAUCGAAGGUACUACUAAAACUUCAGUCAGGUCUGUUCCAACUUCAACCGAAGCAGAUAUCACUAAGACCACUUCCGAGGAAACCGCCUCCGGUGCUGUUGCCAAGAGUGAAUCAACCAGUACUUCUGAUACCACUUCUAAGGCAUCAGCCUCCAAUUUUGUUUCAAAGAGUGAACAAACCGGUGAUUCCUCUACCUCUUCUAAAACUGGACAAACCGGUGCUACACAACCUACUUCCAAAUCCGAAUCUAGUUCAAAUAAAUCCUCUGCCACAGAAACUUCUGGUUCUGAAUCUGAAACUAAAAAUGGUGCCCAACCUUUAGGUGUUUCUUUAAUUUCUUUGUUGGCAGUUGCAUUACUUUAAUUGUAUUAUUAACCCACAAAGCCGAAUAGAUAACCUGAUUUCUCUUUAUUCUGCUUCAAUCAGGUGCUUUUAGUUUAGUGUUGUUUUUGUUUUUUGGCGGCUUGUAAACUAUUUACAAAUUGCCCUAAAAUGUAAUAUACGUGUUAUUUACCUUGUUU